GAAUCAGCGCGUGCUGACCGUGUCCUUGGUGUUUCCUGCUACCACGGAGGUAUAUCUAGAUAUAGAGGUAUAUCUAGAUAUAGAUAUACUUCCGUGGUGCCACGUUACUGCCUGGGCAUACCUCCAUACAUCCCAGUUCUACCUCCGUACAUAUCACACCCUUUUCCUCCCUCACUGCUAAAGGAGAGAAAAAAAAUCUUUCGCAUUACCUCUAUUACCCGUUCUUGCAGAAAAACACUGGAUUAGUGACAUAAUUAUAUUUUAGCAGGGAGCGUCUAUCCCCGCAAAAAAAAAAAAUACGAGUGGUUUCGACAUGGCGCUAAGAUCGCAACAGUUGCUCGUUGUAAUAGUUCUACGUUUGCAAUGACUAACAGUAAAGUUAUUAAAGCAAUAAAAGUGGAAUAAACUUUUUUUAAACACAGAUGGCAUGACUUUGAAGAGCGACCCACAACGUUUUGCAAUGAAAAUGAAUUCCAGUACAUGCCACCAUGCGGAUCGCAGCAGACAGACUUCUUCACGAGAAACACGGAGCACUUUCUGGAUUCCUCGUCUGACAGCGAGCCCUCUUCUCCCCUCCAUGGAAAGACUUCUGUCUACUCGAUGGUGGACAACAAUCCUCCCACACAGAAACAAGAAUGCGCUAAUCAAAGUGAUGUCGACCUGAAGGUAGUCGUCAGUGGAGGGGAGCUGAUGGUGGAGAUGAGAGGACACGUGUACCCCAUCGACACCAUCAUCGAGCCAUCGCCUCCGGAUUCCACGGCUGAAUAUUCUUCCAUGAUGGAAAACAACAACUACAUUGUCAACAACAACUACAUCGUCAACAACAACAACAACAACAACAACAACAACAACAACAACAACAACAACAACAACAACAACAAACACCUAUGCCGCAGAUACGAACUACAGAAAGGAUCGUGCCAUACAUGCGGAGAAAACAGACAAGGUUUCUCGGAAAGCAGUGUCGAGAAGCAUCAUUACUCGUGCAUACGCCCCGAAGAUGACCGCGAAGUGGAAGAACUGCACAGAGGAGGAAGAUCGCGAAGACAAGUGGCACGCACGGAAAGGUUGUGGGAGUUCAUCCUGCGAUUGCUAGGCGACUCCAAGCACAACCCCAGCCUCAUCGAGUGGGUGGAGCGCAAUGAGGGGACCUUCCGCCUCAACAACUCCAAGGCCGUCGCACUCAUGUGGGGCAUGCGCAAAAACAAUGCGCAGAUGACCUACGAGAAGCUGAGCAGGGCGCUACGGUAUUACUAUCACCGCAGGAUAUUGGAGCCCGUGCUGGGGAAGAAACUGGUGUACAGAUUCGGUCCUAACGCCAGCCCAGUGUGGGGGGAAACAUGUCCUUAUCGCAGACAACGCAACCGAUAGACGUUGUUAACCAGUGCCUUAAUCAGCCAUUUGACCAAGUGGGCUUGCUGAUGACAUGAUUACAACUCAUGAUUAUAGGUCAGAUAACGGUGUUCCCAUUUGAUACCAACUUGCUUUUUUUUUUUCUGGGAAGAAAGGGGGGAGGGGCGAGAGAAGCUUCUUUUUGUGAUGCAGACAGCUGUUAGGUCGUCUCGAACCAUUAUGUGUAGUGUGUUUAAUGGCCUGAAAAACCUGUAAGUCUUCCUUAUCAGUAUCUUACAGCAGAAUAGCCAGAUAAUAAAUAGUACAGGCUUGGCAUCUCGAGAUAUAUGGUAUGCCAACUCUUCAUCUGUCCGUCAAUCCACUCAGGUUUCCGAGAAGAGCCACAAAUUUGUAACAUGACUAUCGUGUUCAUGUGGGCUAUGAGCGUUCUUUAUUGUCUGUAAAUAUUUGUAUGCUCUAAAAAUAGUCUAAAAAUACAUGCCAUCUUUGAAUUAUGAGCGGCCAAUGUAUUAACUGUAUUUGUCCAGACCACAUUGUAAUUAAAUCCUGCUGGUUUGCCAACAUUAGGGAACAUUAUCAAAAUCUCUUACGUCAAGAAGUAUAAUGGGGUAUAUAUUUCGUUGUUCAAUUAUCUUCAGCCAUGUAUCAUACAAAAAAAUAACCCAAUAAAGUUUCCUUUGUACCCUGCUGUCCAGCAAGGAACAGUAAGGCCUUCACCCAAGCAGGCUGAUCUGAUUUCAAAUGUAUAGCAUUGCAAGCUGGCUAUUUGUGUGUGAAUUAUCACUGGAAGGCAGGUUUAUUUUCAUUACGUAACGUUUAAUGAUGUUCAUUCCAGAGACACAAGUGUAUAAAACAAACAUGCACAGAAACAGACAAGAAAAUGCCACAUAUCCACCUCAACCUAGCAACACAAUGCCAGUCUGCUGUAAUAUGAUUUAGUAAAUGCUGUUGUAUAUAUAAAGUGAACGCUAUCUACUAUUUCAUACUCCAUUCAAAACUUCUAUAAAAGGAUCAGCGAACACUAGCCAGUAGCAUUUCAUUGUAAGGCCACAGUUCUGUCCGUCCACACUUUUUCUUAAUAUGAAAUGGAAAGAUAUAGAAGUGUAAUGACAAUUUUGUCACGGCAUUUUGUGAACAGCUGAAAAAGCAAAUUCUUCUAAAUAGCAGUAACUUACAAAUUUAAUAAGAGAAAUUGAAAUGCUGUUUGGUGUAAAGAGAAAAACAUUGAAGUUCAGAAAUAGCUAGACACGUUUUCUUUACCUUUCUGCUUCUAAGUAUAAUAAUACAGUGAAAAUUCGAAAUAGCGAAAAUUCACUUAGGACUUCUCUUACUUUUAAGACUAAGUCUGUCCACCAGACAAUAGCUGUAGUUUAGAUAAACAUACAGGAAAUUAAUAUUCUGUUGAAUCCAUUAAUAGGGUACUGAAAAUACCACAAAACUAUUUGUUAAGCCUUAAGGCAGGUAAACUAUCAUAAUGAAGAAAUAAAAUAGCAGUUUCUAUGGAUACAAGUUUGUUUUAUCAUGAAAAAUCUUUCCAGGAACACCUUGCAGUCUGGCUUGAAUCUCUUGUACAUCAUAAAGCAGUACAAGCAGCAUCUCUUAUGUUGUAAUGUCUCUGAGUGCAUAUAUACCUAUGCACAUACAGUGUAUAACAACAGAUUUCGGGAAGGUUGCAUUUAUGUUUCUCAUACCCAUUUUUUUCACUGCCUCAAAAUUUACAAUGGCACUACAAGUUGUUAAGUUUACAGGCACACUGAAGAAUGACAAGAUGGUGUAAAUACUUAUGCAGCAUACCCCUGGUUAAUAGCAUCUUAACUCUUGUGAUGAGGAUCCUAACUAAGCACCAGUUGGUACCUUAGUGGUUUCAAAUGAUAAGUUUGCUGUGAGCUUGGUGCCUACUACUUUAUGCCUCAUUUCCAAAGGCUUGGUCAGUGACAAGGCAACAGCGCAGAGUAAAUACAAUUUAUCACAGUUUUUAAACGAAAAUUUUAUUGUUUGUUUUACCACAAGAGUCUAUAUUAUUGUUAAGAAACAUUUAGAUGUGCAGAGAGAUUUAAAUGCCCAUUUGACUAUGAAAUAAACUGAAUUUUGAUACAG